AGCAUUUUUGUUGUUUUUUUUUGUGGGAAAUUUCUGGGUUUUAUAAUGUUGGAUUUUGGAUGAUAUUGGGUUUAGGUAAAUUACAGAAUUGGUUAAGAAUAUUGAGUUGUUUCUACAAUGUGAAAACAACCAAAUUCUUUAAAAUAGGUUUGUUGGUUGUUUUGGGAUUCAGUGAUGAAUGUUUUGAUUUCAUGAUUUGUCUUCUUCUUAAUUUCUUUACUUUGUCGAUGGGAAUGGGCUAUGUACAUUUUUAGGCUAUUUUAUUGGUAGACUCAUGGCCGAAUCAGCCCAACUAUAGCGGGUAUGGGUAAAAAUUCUGGUUCGGAGAUUGGCCCAACCUAGCUGACCACUUGGCCCCUCGACGAGCUUUUUUUUAAGAAAGUUCGACUUGACCCAUGAUCACCUCUGUCAUUUUGUUACUAUGUAUUCAAGUUAUGUGUCAUGAAGUUAUUUACUGACAGUGUGGAAAUUAAGGAAUUUCAAUACCACAUUGAUUAUGUGAAAUAUUGAUUUUGUCAGUUCUACUGUUGCAAGUCACAUCCCCUUUUCCUGGGAGUAGCCUUUUUUUGAAUUUAUUUUUUUUUUAUUUUAUUUUAUAAGUUAUAUUAAUAUGGCAAUGUCUAUUUUUAAUGUGCAGAAUGACCUUCAGAACAAUCCAACAAUGGAUGAAGCUUCUAAUAUUCAUGGGAGUAUUUCUGAAAACAGAAAGUUUAUAUGUUGGAAUUACAAAAGUCAGAAGUGCAGUGGCUAAAGGAGCUGUUUGUUUAGAUGGUAGUGCCCCUGCAUACCACCUAGAUAGAGGACAUGGAUCUGGGGUUAAUAAUUGGUUGGUUCAUGUUGAGGGAGGAGGUUGGUGUAACAAUAUCACAACAUGCCUCGAACGAAAGUACUCUCACUUGGGUUCAUCCUGGAAAAUGGAAAAGCAGCUUGCAUUUUCUGGAAUUUUGGGCAAUAAUCCAAUGUUUAAUCCAGAUUUUUAUAAUUGGAACAGAGUUAAAAUUCGAUACUGUGAUGGUGCCUCAUUUACAGGAGACGUCGAAGCUGUCAAUUCUAUUACUAAGCUUCACUUUCGCGGAGCUAGAAUUUGGCAUGCUGUCAUUGAGGAUUUGUUACUGAAGGGAAUGAAAAAUGCUAAAAAUGCUAUUCUUUCUGGGUGUUCAGCUGGUGGAUUGACUUCCAUUUUACAUUGUGAUAGCUUUCGAGCUCAUCUCCCUGUGAAUGCUAGGGUAAAGUGCCUCUCAGAUGCUGGCUAUUUUAUCAAUGUAAAAGAUGUCUCCGGAGCAUCACAUAUCGCUUCAUAUUUUGAUCAAAUAGUCAAAUUACAUGGUUCAGCAAGGACUUUGCCUGCAUCUUGCACCAGGACUUUAAGACCUGAUUUGUGCUUCUUCCCACAAUACAUGGCAAAAAAGAUCAAGGCACCACUCUUUAUACUAAAUGCAGCAUAUGAUAGAUGGCAGAUAAAGAACAUUUUGGCACCCGUUGUAGCUGAUCCUCAAGGCGUCUGGUCUGACUGCAAGAUUGACAUAAAGAAUUGCUCAACCAAUCAGCUUACUGUCAUGCAAGAUUUUAGGUCCGAGUUCUUAACUGCUCUGAGUAAACUGGGAAAGUCACCAUCUAGAGGGUUGUUCAUAAAUUCGUGUUACGCCCACUGCCAGACAGAAUUGCAGGAAACAUGGUUUAGUCAUGACUCCCCUGCUUUGCACAAAACGAGAAUAGCAAAGGCAGUUGCAGACUGGUUUUACGACAGGAGACGACUUCAGAUGAUAGACUGUCCAUACCCUUGUGAUCAUAGUUGCCAUGAUCGGAUUUUUGAGCCAGACGAACCACAUCAUCACCAUCAUCAUCAACAACAACAACAAAAAGGCGAAGGUGAAAAACGAUGGAGAUAUAUGUUGCUCGAGAAACUACUUCUUGUUCUAUGUUUAUUUGGCUAUGUAACCAUUUUUUAGAUGGAAGUUUUUAUUAGGCUUUGUAAAUUAUAUGGCUCACAUGCAAUAUACUAUGAUACCGUUUUUGCUGAUAA